UUCGACAGCUUCCUUGACAGCAUUCUCGAGGACGAGAACGGAUAACAGAGGGUCCGCGGCCGAUGGCUUCUGCGGGUGCAGGAGGGUCUGGGGGGAAUGAAUUCAUACAGGUGUCCAAUGUUGACAUGGCCAGGUUACAAAUCGCAUAUCUGGAAGCAUGUUACGCAAGGACAGAAGGUGGGGACAUGGGAAAAGAUGCACGGCGACCACACGUUGCGCUGCAACUAUUGCAAGGCCGUGUUUCAGGGAAACCAGUCCAAGGCCGCUCGACACUUCACACAGCCUAAGAGGUGCAAGCAGGCAUCGAUGUCGGUUUUGGUGGACAUUUGGAACAAGACGGACUACAAGUUCGACGACCGACACGAGGGUGGUAUCCGGCAGUAUAUGGAGGAGCAGGGCAUAGUUGACGCAAGAUCUUUGCCAGAGCGGGGCACGCAGACGAGGCAGGCAGGUGGAGGGGGGCGUUCACACCGGGAUGAGGAUAUUAUGAACCAAUCGGCUGUGGACGAGGUGGAGGCAUUUCUGGAUCGGCAGGCGAGGCGAGAGGCCGAUGCCAUGCAACGCACUGGAGGUGGAUGCCGCAAUGCUGAGAAGAGAGAGAGAGGGAGAGGGAAGAGGGGUGUCGAUGAGGUGGACGACGACAUUCCUGCGCAAGGGCGCAAGAGACCAAGACAGAUGACCAUCGACGAGGUGUACGACGGCGAUGCUCAGCAGCGGGCUAGGAGCACAUUUUUGCAGUGGGUGUAUGACGCGGGGAUUCCAUUUCGUGCUUUCUGGAGGAGCUCUUGGAGAAGACACCGCAAGGCGGUGGCAAAAUUGCCACGUGGAGUACGGAUGGUGUAUCCUAGUUUCAAGGAGAUUGGGGGUAGUGGGGUUAUUGAGGAGCGCAAUGCAGUCGCUAGCAUGCUCGCACAUGUCCGCGCAUCGUUCAUGGCGAUUGGGGCCAUCAUCUUGACAGUUGGUAGGAAGUCCAGAGAUUUGAGGCCUAUCAUUAACUUCCUUGUUGCUGGCAAGCAUGGCGCGCUUUUGCAUGCCACAGCGUGUCGAGACGCUUCCGUUCCUGAGACGGGGGAGAUAGUCUUGAGGAGAUGGAAGGCCAUUUUUAGGUCCUUCCCACCGAGUGACGUGUUGGCGAUCUGCACGGACUCUGCGAGCAACUACAUGUCGGCCGCAAAGCUCCUUGCGAAGGAUGCUGACCUAGAGCUGCGCCGUAUCACGUGGCUCCCGGGUGCCACCCACGUCUGCAACUUGAUGGUGUCAGACAUAGGGACCCGGGUAGACUGCAUUGCCUCGGCCAUUCUUCGUGGAAGGGCCUUGGUGCGGUUUAUCAAGAUGCACAACGCUGCUCUCUACCUUUUCAGGUCAAAGACGUUCACGAAGCUCGCUCAGCUGGUUGAGAUUGCCACCAAUCUCAAACUCUUGGAGUGUUCCGAGUCAUCUGCCGGUUACGUUAUUCCGUGGGGACACUUGGACGCUUUGGACGAGGUACGAGCUGGGGCGACGGAGAGUGGUUCAGCGGGGCCUGUUGACGAGGAGCCAGAGCCCUUGGUAUGGGGAGCGCGACCCCGUGCGUCAGGGACAGAGGAGGAGUUGACGGCGAUCCGACACCGAUUGCAGCAGCUAGGUAGUCGUCGUCCUCGUCUUGUAUCAGAGGUGUUUGCUGCGAGAGCCGCGGUGCUCCUCCCCUAUGAGGGGGACACGCCGGAGGAGGAGGUUGUGGAUGAUGCGGCGGGGCCAAUGCGCGAUGACGCCGUUGACGACGAUGAGGACUGGACCGACCCUGAGGAGAUCACAUGUCGUGCAGAUACGAGUGGCGAUCACGACAAUGCGGAGGUUGUGACUGGACCGGAUGCUGCCUUGCAGCCUUCGGGUGAUACGACACACCAUGCCACUCUCUCGCCAUCGCUGGCCGUUACGGGACAUGCCGAUGUUCCACCUGUGUCAGCAUCGCCUCCUGCACCGUGUGGGUCGCGAUCUGUACCGUGCGGGUCGCCUGCGUCCCAGGCUCCUCUUACCUUAGGGGCAGGAGGUUCAUGCACGAUGGACUCAGAGUCAGAUGUUGUGCGCGACGUUGUACUGGGACUUAUGGCAGCUGCAGGUGCGGAGGUAGAGCAGGUGUUCAGUCAUGAGGAGCACGGUGUUGACACUAGAGCCACACAGUGUUUGGAGGCAGACGGUGCAGACACCGAGGAGCCACAUAGGGUGCCCAUUCACGUUCAACCCGUCGAGGGUGAGGUUCCUGUGAGCGACACGAGACAGGGCGACGAGGAGUCGCGAGGGCACGGAGCGCAAGGCGAGCCACGAGAAGAUCUUCACACAGUACGUUCGCUCUCCGACACGCAGGUGGUACGAGGAGGAGAGGGCGGGACACGAGGAUCCGUUGCCCGACAGUGCCGACACCCCUAUUGGCCGCGACGGAUGUGUUGGUGUCUGUGACGUAUCGACGCUAGCUUAUACCCCUAUCGACCCUAUAUAUUCAAGAUCCCCCGGGAGUUUGGAGCGAG